AUGAAACAAAAGCUCCGCGACACCAAGGAACAACUCGGCGACACCAACCAAGCAAUAGCCAGACAUGAUGGCCUACUCAACGCGGAUAGCGAUAGAUGGCUCAACAUGAGGUAUAGGACAUUCUUAUCUUGGACUCGGGAACACCAGCAGUCUAACUCGGCACAGAAAAAGAAAAUCGCCAAGUUCAACGUACUUAUCCACGGUGCCGAUAUCGGCACUGAUGCCCGAAUGUUUGAAGAGAAAAGGCUGGAAUGCUUCGAUCUGUUUAGCAACCUGUACAGAUGCUCUGUUGCUGUUGCCCGGCGUUUGAGUAAGAUUGACCUCUCUUCUAUUCAAAUAGCUGGAAUUCCGCUAAAACAUACUAGAGCUCGAUCAAUUGACAUUCAUCCUUCGAGCCUUGACCUCGCUGGCCGAAAACUGCUGAGAAAACUCAAGAAACAGUCCACGUCAAGAAGCGGUGUUCACUCACCUCAAGUCCCGCCUCCAAGGGACCGACCCCGAGACCCCCAUACCCGAGACGGAGACUGCGAUAUUGAGCGACAUUUGUCAGGGCUUCCGUGCUGCUGA